AUGGUGGUCGUUGGCGAGCCGGUGAAAGCCGAGCCAUGCUUCACGGCGAGCCGCGAGUUCCAGCGGGCGGAGGCGAUGGCACACGUGCAGCAGGCGCGCGUACACGCGUAUGAGCGCGCGAUUCGUGACAGUGGCGACGGUUCAGUGCCGGGGGGGCUAGGUGGAGGAGCGGCGGGAACACACUCCGCGCGCCAGUGGCUCUCGGCCAAAGUGGCCAAUGCUGUCCGGCACGACGCCGAGCAGUUCGGCAUGUCCGGCGGUGAGAGCUCGACGGCGCUCACCGGCGAGCGUGUCGGGCGGGCGCGUGAGCUCGGAUGCUAG